GCGCCGGUCGGAAAUGGCCGCCGGCCGGCAGGGGGAGCGGAGGAUCCGGCGCGGCCUGGGAGGCUUGCAGCCGGCGGCCAGAGCGGCUUGUGGGAAGCGGACUUUCACUCAGGCAACAGCGGUGGCUCGUCCCUGACUGGAAGCCGGCCUGAUUGCUGGUAGUGACCUGGAGGACGGGGCUGGCAUUUCAAACGGCCAGCUGUUUUUCCCAGUCACUGCAUAACUCAUAGAAGCUAUGCAUACCGGCUAGCCAACAAAGCCAAGGAACAAAAGCUAUGGCAGUUGAAGCGGUCCCUGGGAGUCUAGGGCUUUUCCCCUGGAUUUUAACACCACGGAUCUCUUUCUUUUCAUCCCAUCAGCAAUGUGGUACCUUCUCCUAUUUGAUGACAACAGCCGAUACUUAGGAUUUAGAGACCAAGUUAGAGACCUGAGCCACAGCGAGGAAAAUGAAAUUCCCAUUUUAUUUGGUGCCUUGUGCAGGGAGCACACUGAUCCCUCUAGAACCUUGUGUGUGAAAAAGAGGUCGAGUUUUGUCAAACAGACUCAUGGUUAUGGCAAGUGAUCCGACGUGACCAGAGUGGGCAAGAGCCACAGUGAACUCAUGACAGGCUAUACCAUGUUGCGGAAUGGGGGAGUGGGGAACGGUGGUCAGACCUGUAUGCUGCGCUGGUCCAACCGCAUCCGGCUGACCUGGCUGAGUUUCACGCUGUUCAUCAUCCUGGUCUUCUUCCCCCUCAUUGCCCACUAUUACCUCACCACUCUGGAUGAGGCAGAUGAGGCCGGCAAGCGCAUCUUUGGCCCCCGGGCUGGCAACGAGCUCUGUGAGGUAAAGCACGUCCUAGAUCUUUGUCGGAUCCGCGAGUCUGUGAGCGAAGAGCUUCUACAGCUAGAAGCCAAGCGGCAGGAGCUGAACAGCGAGAUUGCCAAGCUAAACCUCAAGAUUGAAGCCUGUAAGAAGAGUAUAGAGAACGCCAAGCAGGACCUGCUACAGCUCAAGAAUGUCAUUAGCCAGACAGAGCACUCCUACAAGGAGCUGAUGGCCCAGAACCAGCCCAAACUGUCACUGCCCAUCCGGCUGCUCCCUGAGAAGGAUGACGCUGGCCUUCCACCCCCCAAGGUCACUCGGGGUUGCCGGCUACACAACUGCUUCGAUUACUCUCGUUGCCCUCUGACGUCUGGCUUUCCUGUCUUCGUCUAUGACAGUGACCAGUUUGCCUUUGGGAGCUACCUGGACCCUUUGGUCAAGCAGGCUUUUCAGGCUACAGUGAGAGCCAACGUUUAUGUUACAGAAAAUGCAGCCAUCGCCUGCCUGUAUGUGGUGUUAGUGGGAGAGAUACAAGAGCCCGCUGUGCUGCAGCCUGCCGACCUUGAGAAGCAGCUGCAUUCUCUGCCACACUGGAGGACAGACGGACACAACCAUGUCAUCAUCAAUCUGUCCCGGAAGUCAGACACACAAAAUUUACUGUACAAUGUCAGUACAGGUCGGGCCAUGGUGGCCCAGUCUACCUUCUAUGCUGCCCAGUACAGAGCUGGCUUUGACUUGGUUGUGUCACCACUUGUCCAUGCCAUGUCUGAACCCAACUUCAUGGAAAUCCCACCGCAGGUGCCAGUUAAGCGGAAAUAUCUCUUCACUUUCCAGGGUGAGAAGAUUGAGUCUCUGAGAUCUAGCCUUCAGGAGGCCCGUUCCUUUGAGGAAGAAAUGGAGGGUGACCCUCCGGCCGACUAUGAUGAUCGAAUCAUUGCCACCCUCAAGGCCGUACAGGACAGCAAGCUAGAUCAGGUGCUGGUAGAAUUUACUUGCAAAAACCAGCCAAAGCCCAGUCUGCCUACUGAGUGGGCACUGUGUGGGGAGCGGGAAGACCGGCUAGAGUUACUGAAGCUCUCCACCUUCGCCCUCAUCAUCACUCCCGGGGACCCGCGCCUGCUUAUCUCAUCUGGCUGUGCAACACGGCUCUUUGAAGCCCUGGAGGUGGGAGCUGUGCCUGUUGUCCUUGGGGAGCAGGUGCAGCUUCCGUACCACGACAUGCUACAGUGGAAUGAGGCUGCCCUGGUGGUGCCCAAGCCUCGUGUUACAGAGGUUCACUUCCUGUUACGAAGUCUGUCAGACAGUGAUCUGUUGGCUAUGAGGCGGCAAGGCCGCUUUCUCUGGGAGACCUACUUCUCCACCGCUGACAGUAUUUUUAAUACCGUGCUGGCCAUGAUUAGGACUCGAAUUCAGAUCCCAGCUGCUCCCAUCCGGGAAGAGGUAGCAGCUGAGAUCCCCCAUCGUUCAGGCAAGGCAGCUGGUACUGACCCCAACAUGGCUGACAAUGGGGACCUGGACCUGGGGCCGGUAGAGACAGAGCCGCCCUAUGCCUCACCUAAAUACCUCCGUAAUUUCACUCUGACUGUCACUGACUGUUACCGCAGCUGGAACUCCGCACCCGGACCUUUCCAUCUUUUUCCACACACACCCUUUGACCCUGUGCUGCCCUCUGAGGCCAAAUUCCUGGGCUCAGGGACUGGAUUUCGGCCCAUCGGUGGUGGGGCUGGGGGCUCUGGCAAGGAGUUCCAGGCAGCGCUUGGAGGCAAUGUCCAGCGGGAGCAGUUCACAGUUGUGAUGCUGACCUACGAGCGGGAGGAAGUGCUCAUGAACUCCCUGGAGAGGCUCAAUGGCCUCCCCUACCUGAACAAGGUAGUGGUGGUGUGGAACUCUCCCAAGCUGCCCUCGGAGGACCUUUUGUGGCCAGACAUUGGUGUCCCCAUCAUGGUUGUCCGUACUGAGAAGAACAGUUUGAACAAUCGGUUCUUGCCCUGGAAUGAGAUAGAGACAGAGGCAAUAUUGUCCAUCGAUGACGAUGCCCACCUCCGCCAUGAUGAAAUCAUGUUCGGGUUUCGGGUGUGGAGAGAGGCGCGUGAUCGCAUUGUGGGGUUCCCUGGCCGGUACCAUGCGUGGGACAUCCCUCACCAGUCCUGGCUCUACAACUCCAACUACUCCUGUGAGCUGUCCAUGGUGCUGACGGGCGCUGCCUUCUUUCACAAGUAUUAUGCCUACCUGUAUUCUUAUGUGAUGCCCCAGGCCAUCCGAGACAUGGUGGACGAGUAUAUCAACUGUGAGGAUAUCGCCAUGAACUUCCUUGUCUCCCACAUCACACGGAAGCCCCCCAUCAAGGUGACAUCGAGGUGGACUUUUCGAUGCCCGGGGUGCCCUCAGGCCCUGUCCCACGAUGACUCUCACUUUCACGAGCGGCACAAGUGUAUCAACUUUUUUGUCAAGGUGUACGGCUACAUGCCUCUCCUGUACACACAGUUUAGGGUGGACUCUGUGCUCUUCAAGACCCGCCUGCCCCAUGACAAGACCAAGUGCUUCAAGUUCAUCUAGGGCCUUGCCAGUUCUGAGGAGAAGACAGUGAGCAGAGUGAGGGAGUCACCCCCAAGGUCCCCAAGGUGCUGAAGGUCCUUGGGGACAUCAGUGGGGCAGGGCCCAGGCCCUUUGCUUGGAGAAGAGCAGGGAGAGUAGAAAGGGAUGGCUGACUUUAUUUUGAAGUCAGCCGCACUGGGCUGGAAUCCUGGUCAGCAGACUCAGGGCACCGACUAAUGGCGAACACUGAGGACUGUUCAUGAGCCCGGGACAGCUGGUUCCCGGCUUUUAAAUUCAGGAACAGCAUUUACUAUUUAAAGAGAGAGUUUCACAUCUGCCAUCCAAGGCUUAUUUAUAUGUGCGUAUAUGUACACACAUAUGUGUAUAUACAUGUAUAUGCACACACACACACACAUUUUGGUGGGCCGGGGUGCACCUGAAGUUUCUGCCAAUCUCUCCAAGGGAGGGACCUACCCAGCCAUGUAUUAGAGAGGGUCCUGGCCCUGCAUUACCUGGACAGUCAUUUGCGGCCCCACCCUCCUGGGGACACUGGCUGCAGAAGAAAUAAGCGGGAUGGCCCUGGCCUAGGCUGGCUCUCCUGACCCAUUCCAGCCUCUUCCCAAUGCCUCCAUGCUGCUCUCACAGCUUCUCCUGCUGGGGGCUGCACAGUGGGGACCGGCGCGCUCCAGACGCUCUAAAGGGUUGGAAUCAGUCAGCACUCACGUGUCACCCGGCUUCCGUUCUUUCUUGUGUUUGAGAAAGAAUGAGGAGGCAAACAGUAAGGCAGAGAUGAGACCUGUACUUAGCCCACCCUCUGGGUGACCCUGGUGCAGGGUGCAGGGUGCUGGUGGUUGGUUCCCGUAGUACUUGUCUCUCUCAGAGGAGACAGCAGGAGUUUAGCAGGCUGGCUGGGAGCUCAUCUGGUGUAGAACCAGCCUGUGUCCUUUGAGGCUUCCAGAGUCUUACUGCAAGGCAUGCGCCUUGGAAAGAACACCUAGGUGAAAUUCACCUUCCCUCUUGUGUCCUGUACCUGUGGGGUUUAGACCCCAAUGCCAUGUUGGCUAUAGGAAGCCCCGCCUUCAAGGUCUGGGGUGUGCUAGAACCUGGAGGCUGAUUUGCUGGGUGAGUCCUAGUCUGCGGUGGACGUUAACAGGCAUUCACCCCAAGUUACCACUUUCCAUGGCUGUUGAUGGGCUGAAAGUGAAGUAAGCUACCUUGGGGCACAGUGGCCGUGGGAAACUGUUGUGUCAGGGAUUCAGCCUGCGACUUGUGCCCCAGCCCCAGCGACUGAAUCAGAGCUCAGUCUGUCCUGGUCAUGCACCUGCCUUAAGCCAGUCCCGUCUUCCUAGGCCCUGACUGUGUGCUGCAGCUUGGGGUCCUCUCUGCCUGCUGUCCUGACUUCUCUCUAGAUCCCUCCUGCAGUGGGGCUGGCACGGCCCCGGGAGCCCCUCAGCCCAGCAGGGCCAGGCUGCUGCAGAAUUUCCACUGGGUCUUCUGGAACCUCACGCCAGGGCUGCCUGGGACAUUUGGUUCUUGGCAACUCAGUGACGGAGUGUCCUUCCCCGACCUUCUGUCCUCUCACCAGUCCUUGUAGCAGUAGCCCUCUUCCCUCAGGGGAGCCAAAGAGUGCGGUGUUUUUUGCGCUGAGUAUGUGGCUGCUGUUUAUCUUUUUCUUUCCUUUCCCAGUACUGGGAUGGAAGCCAGAGCUGUGGGUGGACUUCCUGACAAUCGCUCUGCCACGAGCCCCGUCCCUGUCGUCUUGUUUCUUUCCAUUGAGAGGUUGUAAAUGGUGCUGUGGCACCCAAUAAGAAAGUCCGUCUCUGUGGUAGGACCCCCUUUGUGGGGCACUGAAAGCUAUGGCUCCCCCAUGGGUAUCACUGAAAUGCGUUUGCGGGAGAGCAAUGUCAGAGUGUCCAAUGGGAUAGCACCUCUGAGCCUGGUGGGAACACUGACUGAAGGACCCAGCAGCACGCGUGGACAGCGAUGACUGCACCUGAGGGACUCUGCCGAGGCAAGAAGCAGAGAAAGUUGGACCCUGCUUGUGAUUUGGGUUGGGUUAGGGGACACGCUUGGAAAUGACUGUGCCAGUACACGUGUGGGGAACCUGCUUGGUAUUUGAUGCUGCUCAUCAUGGUCACCUCCUAGUGCGUAUUCCUAACAGGUCACACUCGGCUGGUCUUAGCUCCAGUGCCAGGACAGCUUUGUUUUCCAGUUGCUCUUUAUCUUGAGAUCCAGGGCCACCCACAGAGUGACAGUCUCCUAGGGUGCCUCCAGCCGGUGGACCACCUCAAAUGCUCCCGUCUGGGGUGGCCUUGUUAGCGAACAUGCAGCUGGGGGUGGGGCUGCCCAGGGUGGCUCUGAUAACUUGUCCAUCUGUCUGCCCCUUCCAAACCAUGAGCACAAAGGUCUUACGUUGGAUUUUUGUAAAAAACAAAAUAAAUGGAGACUUUAACUCAA